AUGUCGAAUUUCAAUACUUUUUGGAUAUUAUGGCCCUUUUUACUUCCUAUGGUUUAUACAGGACAUUUAUCUUCAUUGACCCCCCCAGUGAGCCUCCUAUACUCGACAACAAAAGACAUAAGACUUCUAAAUUGGAGCUUUGCAAGCAAAUCAAAAAAAGCAAUCACAAUUGUUAAGAAUUACACCUACAUUUCGGCCAUAGAUUAUCACUAUGAUUAUAAGAAGAUUUGCUGGGCAGAUCACGAGUUGGAAAGUAUACAAUGUUGUCAGUUAAAUGGAACUUCUAUAGAGAAUAAGACUGAAAUAGUAAAUGGAGUAUUAGUACCUGACGGUUUAGCCAUAGAUUGGUUCACUGACAAUAUUUACUGGACAGAUAGUGAAACAAACCGAAUUGAAGUGUCCACAUUGGAUGGAAAACACCGCAAAGUCCUUUUUUGGACUGAAAUCGACCAACCGCGUGCCAUAUCUGUAGUUCCUAUGAAAGGAUUAUUAUUUUGGACUGAUUGGGGUGAAGUGCCAAAAAUCGAAAGAGCAGGCAUGAAUGGAGACCCUAAAACUAGAAAAAUUAUUGUUUCAGAUAAUAUUUAUUGGCCAAACGGGCUUACAGUAGAUUACGAAAAUGAUAAAAUUUAUUGGAUAGAUGGGAAAUUGUUGUUUAUAAAGGUAAUGGACUAUGAUGGUAAAAACAUUUCAACAGUAUUGCCAAUAGCUUCAGAGUAUCCUUACGCCUUGACCCAAUCUGCUUUUAAAUUAUUUUGGACUGAUUGGAAAAAUGUAGCAAUUUAUGAUCAUUUAAAAAAUGGCACAUCACAAAAAUCUUCAGAAUUUUACGUUACAACUCAUCCAAUGGACAUUAAAGUAUUUGAAAGACAACGUCAGCCUAUUACUCCUCAUGCUUGUGAAAAUAACGGAGGUUGUUCACAUUUGUGUUUAUUAGCUCCUGAUCCUCCUUAUUAUACUUGUGCUUGCCCCAUUGGAAUUAAACUUUUAGACAAUAAAACUUGCGCUCAAGGACCCCAAGAACUACUAAUAUUAGCUAGAAGAACUGACAUCUGCCUAAUAUACCUUGACUCUCCAGAUUACAGCUACAAAGUGAUACCUUUGAGCGACAUAAAAUAUUCCAUAGCAGUGGAUUUCGAUCCGGUUGAUCACUACAUUUAUUGGUCUGAUGAUGAAGUUAAGAAAAUCCAAAAAGCGCGCUUGAAUGGCACCUCUCAACAAGACGUCAUAGUGACCGAAAUCCAAGAUCCUGAUGGAAUCGCUUUGGAUUGGAUUUCUAGGAAUAUUUAUUGGACAGACACUGGAACUGAUAGGAUUGAAGUUGCUAGAUUGGAAGGAGGUUAUAGGAAAGUGAUUAUUGGUGACGGUCUCAUAGAUCCAAGAGGUAUAGCUGUCGCUUCUGAACUAGGUUGGUUGUUUUGGUCAGACUGGAAUGAAAAAGACACAAAAGUAGAAAGAUCAAAUCUGGACGGUUCCGAGCGCAUUUUCAUAGUUCACGACAACUUGGGCUGGCCCAAUGGUAUAACUUUGGAUCUGAAAAAUCAAAAAAUUUACUGGUGCGACGCAAAAUCCGACAAAAUCGAAUAUGCCAACAUGGAUGGGACAGAUAGAAGAGCUUUGAUUACAGAUACCCUGCCUCAUCCUUUUGGAUUUAGCCUUAUGGGGGAUUAUUUGUAUUGGACCGAUUGGCAAAGAAGGGCCAUCGAUCGAGCUCGUAAAGAGCCUGGAGGCAACAGACAAGUAAUAGUAGACCAAAUGGAAAACGUAAUGGGACUGAAAGCCAUUAAAUUAGUACCACCAACUGGCUGGAAUCCUUGCAAAGAAAACAACGGGAAUUGUUCGCAGCUUUGCUUGCACAGAUAUAAUAAAACUAGAACGUGCGCUUGCCAAAUUGACCAUGAGUUGAGCAAAGAUAAGCAAAAUUGUAUCAAACCAGAAGCAUUUUUGCUAUACACAAAAAACGAUAGUAUUGGAAGGAUUAGUAUUGAAAAUGAACCUGUUGAAAAUAAUUUGCACAUACCUAAUAUAAGACAUGCUAGUUCUAUAGAUUAUGAUAUAAACUCUAGAAGAAUUUAUUGGAGCGACAGCAAGUUGAAAACAAUAAUGAGAGCGUAUAUAAACGGUUCUGAGCCUCAGAAAGUUAUCGAUUUAGGGCUGGCUUUUCCAGAAGGCAUUGCAGUUGAUUGGUUAGGUAUGAACAUUUAUUGGACAGAUCCAGUUUCACACCGAAUCGAAGUUUCAAGAUUAAUUGGAACAUCCAGACGCACUUUGUUGUGGGACGAGGUUUACGAACCUCGUAGUAUUGUAUUGGAUCCAGUUGCAGGUUACAUGUAUUGGUCUGAAUGGGGACAAUCAAAUUUAAUCAAAAAAGCUUCCAUGAAUGGUGCAAAACAACGUAAAUUGUUUUCUACAAUAGGUAAAGCUAAUGGACUAACUUUGGAUCAUGAUAAGAAAAGAUUGUAUUGGAUUGAGCUUGACUCGCCAGCCAUUUGGUCAGCAGAUUUGGAUGGAAACGACAAAAAAAUCAUCAUCAAAGAACCAACUUUGAAUCCAGUUGGGUUGGCACUUUACAAAGACCACAUUUAUUGGAGCGACGAAAAAACUGCUGAAAUAUUCAGAGCCGUCAAAUACGAUGGUUCUUCUAGAACCAAAAUCACCACCUUAUCGGAAAAUAUCACAGAUUUGUUGGUGUAUCAUUCAAUGAAGCAAAAUCAGACCAAUCAGUGUGCUACCAGUAAUGGCGGGUGCUCCAAUCUUUGUCUGGCUUUGCCCGCUGAUGGUCCAGAGGAGGAUACCAAGUAUACUUGUGCUUGUCCUACUCAUUAUACUUUACAUGAGAAUGAGUGCAAACCUCCCACUAGCUUCAUGAUCUACAGUCUAAAAAAUUUAGUAGUCCGUCUAGUCCCAGACACUUCAGAUUGUCCCGAAGCAGUGCUUCCAGUGCAAGGCCUAAAAGCUGUUAGAGCCAUAGAUUUUGAUCCUAAAAAUAACGCUUUAUAUUGGAUCGAUGGUAAAGUCCACGCAAUAAAAUCCUCAAAAAUGAACACUACAACUGUAACAAGCCUAUUUGUUCAAAACGGACACGAUAUCAAGCCUUAUGAUAUUGCUGUAGAUACAAUUGGCAGGUUAUUAUUUUGGACAUGCGCCGCUCAAAAUGUCAUCAAUGUAACUAGGCUGGACAACAAUAAUCCUUUUGGUAGUCUCAAAAACAGUGACAGCGAGAAGCCUAGAUUAAUUGUAAUACAUGUUACAAAAAGAUUAUUAUUUUAUACUGAUGUGGGUACAAGUCCUCAAUUAAUUCGAACAAGAUUAGAUGGAUCUCAUAGAAUAAUUAUAACAAAAGCUGACGAUAUUGCCGCUAUAGCAGUGGAUACUGAAAACGAUUCAAUAGUUUGGUCUCAGGGACACAGCAUUUAUAUAAGUAAUAUUGAUGGAGAAAAUAAGCACGUGGUUGUCAACGAAAGCAGCCACAAAAUAUCACAUUUGACAGUGCACGCUGGCUGGCUAUAUUGGAUAGACAGAGACUUAAAUCAGCUACAAAGACUGGAGCUGACAACUGGAAAAUCUAGAUCAACUUUAUCAAUUCAAGCUUCACACAUUGUGGACUUGAUAUCAGUUAAAAAGCUUGAGAAUCAUAGUUGCGCAGAUCAAAAGAGGUGUUCACAUUUUUGUGUUUUGAAUGGUACAAUGCCGCAAUGUGCUUGUCCUAAUGGUAAAAUGUUGCAAGAGGACAAAAGGUCUUGUCAGACAAUACCUAAUUGUGGCCGGGAACGGUUUUCUUGCACGGUGGCUUCUUCUGAUGUGAAGGAUUGUAUUCCUAUAUCUUGGAGAUGUGAUAGACAAAAAGAUUGUGCAGACGGAAGUGACGAACUGGAUUGUCCAAGUUGCCAACCAUACCAAUUCAGAUGUCUAGAUGGUACCUGUAUCGACAAGGCCUUAGUCUGCAACAACAUUGUAGAUUGCACAGACCGUUCGGACGAGAAAAACUGUUGCGAAAACGGUUUCGAGUGUCCGCAUACCAAAGUUUGUCUUCCUUCUAAUUUGCGAUGCGACGGAAAUGAACAUUGUGCAGAUGGCGCAGACGAAAAGGACUGUCAAACUGACUCAAAGAGUCCGAUUUUUUGGGUGGUUCCUCUUUUAAUCGUUAUUUGUUUGGUAUUGGUGGUAGUGGUUGUCUACCAGAGAGAUAAGAAAUGUUGUCCUGUGCGCGAAGAUGUCGUAGAGCCGCCAGAAGAUAGCUUGAGUCCUUUGGAUCCUAACGGACAUAACAAGAAUCUGAAAUUAAGAAAAGGAAUCCCUGAUGUAGUUAGGAUGUCAAUGCUCAAGGACAAUUGUCCAUCCACCUACGAACGCAGCAGACACAUUACAGGUGCUUCGAGUAGUUCAAAUACAAAUGGCUCAAGUAGCGGAGGAGGUUAUCCUAGGGAAACUCUGAAUCCCCCUCCUAGUCCAGCUACAACUGCAGCUUCAACAAGAGCUAGCAGUCCUAGUUCACGAUAUCGUCCUUACAGGCAUUACAGAACAAUCAACCAGCCGCCGCCGCCUACUCCAAACUCGACAGACGUGAACGAUGAGAGCGACUACAACUACCCUUUGAAUCGUAGUAGAUAUGAAGGUCCAUUUCCGCCGCCCCCUACUCCCAGAUCUCAUUAUCAACAAGAGAGUUGCCCUCCGAGUCCGAGUUCGCGCAGCUCCACUUAUUUUAGCCCUUUGCCACCGCCUCCCAGCCCUGUCGCGAACCCACGUUGCGAUUCGGAUUCUUGA